CGCCGCGGCCGCUGUCCUCCAGCCCGGUGCUGAUCCGCGCCGAGGCCACCUCGCCGCCGCGCCGGUCUCCGCGGUCGGGGCCCCCGCCAGCCUCCCGGAGGGGCGACGCCAGGCAGGCCGGGCCCGUUAUGCCUCCCGCUGCUCCCGGCGCCCGUGCGCCCGCCUCGUCGGGGCCGCAGCCGGGCCCCGGGGGCGCCGCGCUCUGAGGCCGGGGCCUAGCGCGCUCGGCGGCCCGCGCUCGCCGGCUCCCGCGCCUCCCUCGCGCUCUCGGCCGCGCCUCGGCUCCUCCCUCAGCUGCCGGCCGCCAUGGCCUUCGCCGCCCGGGAGGGCGCAGGCUCGCGGCGCCGGCUGCCGCCGCGGCACCGGGCGUUGCGCGGGCUGCUGCUUCUCUGCCUGUGGUUGGCGAGCGGCCGCGCGGCCGGGCCUCCCGGGGCGCCACGGUCGGAUCUGCACGCGCAGCUCUCGGGCGUGGAGCAGCUGCUGGAAGAGUUCCGCCGGCAGCUCCAGCAGGAGCGGCCGCAAGAGGAGCUGGAGCUGGAGCUGCGCGCCGGCGGCGGCCCCCGGGAGGGCUGCCCGGGCCCGGGUGGCGGCGGCUACAGUGCCAUGCCGGACGCCAUCAUCCGCACCAAGGACUCCAUCGCGGCGGGCGCCAGCUUCCUGAGCGCGCCGGCGACCGUGCGGGACUGGCGGCAGUGCGUGGCCGCCUGCUGCUCCGAGCCGCGCUGCUCCGUGGCGGUGGUGGAGUUGCCGCGGCGGCCCGCGCCCCCUGCCGCCGCGCUCGGCUGCUACCUCUUCAACUGCACGGUGCGCGGCCGCAGCGUCUGCAAGUUCGCGCUGCACCGCGGCUACAGCAGCUACAGCCUCAGCCGCGUCGCGGCGCCGGACGCUGCGUGGGCCUCGCCCGGACCAGAAAAGGACGAGCCUCCACAAAGCAAAGCUGGACAGAAUGUGGUCUUGCAUCUACCCACAGACGAGGUAACUUUGGAUGGCCGUGAGAGCACAGAUGACCACGCCAUUGUCCAGUAUGAGUGGACACUGCUGCAAGGGGACCCGGCAGUGGACAUGAAGGUGCCUCAGUCAGGAACCCUGAAGCUGGCCCACCUUCAGGAAGGAACAUACACCUUCCAGCUGACUGUGACCGACACUGCCGGUCAGAGAGCCUCCGACAACGUGUCAGUCACGGUGCUUCCCAUGGCCCACUCCACAGAAGGGUGCCUGGGUGCUUGCUCGCGCUACCACUUCUUCUGUGACGAUGGCUGCUGCAUCGACAUCACUCUGGCUUGUGACGGCGUGCAGCAGUGUCCCGACGGCUCUGAUGAAGCCUUCUGUCAGAACUUGGGCCUAGACCGGAAGAUGGUGACCCACGCGGCAACAAGUCCUGCCCAGCCGAGGACGACAGCACUGAGUGAAGACACAGGGGGUGUCUCCUUGUUGGAGAAGUCUCAGGAGGCCACAGCCGCAGACCAGCCAGCUCCCUUGGCAAACCCAGAGAAGAGGAAUCACUCAGCCUCUGCAGGGACGGGGAGCCAGGUCGUCCCUGUGAUGCCAGACAGGAGUUCUUCAGGGAAGAAGAGAAAAGAGGAGAACUAUAUUUUUGAGUCAAAGAGCAGUCGAGGAGAACACCCGGCCCCAGAAACAGAGCGUCUGUCAGCAGCUGUGGAGUCCAUCAGUCUCCACCCAAACUCCCGGGGAGAAAAUCCACCACCUGGAAGUACCCUCCUGCUACCUUGCGGCUGAUUUCACAGGCAGUGCUAGCAGCUCCCCCAGACACCACGCGCUGGGCCAGUGUGGCACUGGACCAGCAGCUGUCAGUGAGAGGAGGAGGAGAGGAAGGAGUAGUUUCACACAGUCUAUCAACUGUACCUCAAUGUCAUAAAAGUGAAAAUAAAUGGAAGACAAUUACUUCGAAAAGCCUAAAUGCCUCACAUUUGAGGGUAAUCUGAGUGCCAAAAACAUCAUUAAACACUCAACUACUUUAUGGAUAAAGAAACAUAAUAUUUGUAAUUUAAAAAUAUUACUUAUAUGUAUAUAUGGAGUGAGAAAGCAAAUGUGAAAAAAUGUUAAUAAUUGGUGACUCUGGAUGAAGAAACUUAAGAAUUAUUCCUUGUACUAUUAUAGCAAGAAAUUGUCUAAUAAAAAAUAAAAUUUAAAAUUUUUGGGCCAGUGCUGUGGCACAGUGGGUAAAGCCUCAGCCUGUGGCACCAGAACCCCACAUGGGCACCGGUUCAUGUCCUGGCUGCUCUACUUCUGAUCCAGCUCCCUGCUGAUGCGCCUGGGAAAGCAGCAGAAGAUGAGCCAAGUGCUUGGGUCCCUGCACCCACGUGAGAGACCUGGAGGAAGUUCCUGGCUCCUGGCUUCGGAUCAACCCAGAUCUGGCCAUUGCAGCCAUUUGGGGGAAUGAACCAUGCAUGGAUGGAAAAUCUGUCUGCCCCCCUGCUUGUGGCUCUGCCUUUCAAAUAAAUAAUUCAUUUAAAAAAGUGUUGAAGUUAUUAAAUUUGAAAGGAAGGUGAAAUCAAGAGCUUCUAUUCCAUAGGAACCUGGUGGAUCAAGCAAUUACCAGACAAUCUGUCUUUUAGAAAGUCAACUUCCAGCCGGCGCUGUGGCUCAGUAGGCUAAUCCUCUGCCUUAUGGCGCUGGCACACCGGGUUCUAGUCCCGGUUGGGGCACCGGAUUCUGUCCCAGUUGCCCCCCUUCCAGACCAGCUCUCUGCUGUGGCCCGGGAGUGCAGUGGAGGAUGGCCCAGGUGCUUGGGCCCUGCACCCCAUGGGAGACCAGGAUAAGCACCUGGCUCCUGGCUUCGGAUCAGCGCGGUGCGCCGGCCGCAGCACGCUGGCCGUGGUGGCCAUUGGAGGGCGAACCAACGGCAAAGGAAGACCUUUCUCUCUGUCUCUCUCUCACUGUCCACUCUGUCCAAAAAAAAAAAAAAAAAGAUUCUAGGCCGGCGCUGUGGCUCACUAGGCUAAUCCUCCGCCUUGCGGCACCGGCACACCAGGUUCUAGUCCCUGUCGGGGCUCCGGAUUCUGUCCCGGUUGCCCCUCUUCCAGGCCAGCUCUCUGCUGUGGCCAGGGAGUGCAGUGGAGGAUGGCCCAAGUGCUUGGGCCCUGCACCCCAUGGGAGACCAGGAGAAACACCUGGCUGCUGCCAUCGGAUCAGCGCGGUGCGCCGGCCGCAGCACGCUGGUCGCGGCGGCCAUUGGAGGGUGAACCAACGGCAAAAGAAGACCUUUCUCUCUGUCUCUCUCUCUCACUGUCCACUCUGCCUGUCAAAAAAAAAAAAAGUCAACUUCAUAAAUUGGGCAAGAAAACAUUUUAAAAAUUACCUAUACCAUAAGCUGCUUUACCAUAUAGUGUUAGGUUUAUUUAUUGAUUUGAAAGGCAGAGUUACAGACAAGGGGAGAGACAGACAGACAGACAGAACCUAAUACAACUUCGCCACAGCACUGACCCCUGGAUUACCUUUAAGUGAUAGAUCAUCAGUUCUGAUUCUGCUUUAUAAAUUCUUCUAAAUAACAGCAUUAUAAUUCUUACAGAAUAUUUUUUGCUUUAAUUCAUGCAAAUAUUAAAAUAGCCAGUCUAUAGAGUUUACCUGUAAAAUGCUAUAUUCAUAAACUAAAAUAAACAUAAGUAAAAUAAAUAAUUUUCAAGUUAUUCAGUUUUUCCUAAUAUUCAAAUUCUACAAACAUGUAUUUCUUAUCUGAUUUACAUUCACAGGUCAUUUCCAAUGAAUAGUAGUAGGAUAUACAAGUAUGUGCUAAAUAUAUCCAUUAGGUUAGUAACUAUGUAUGUUUAU